UGACGACUGCAAACUUAUUGUAAGGGGCGUCAGUUUGAAGCUCUGAAGGUGCGAAGGAGCCCAUUCCUCCGCGUCAGACCUUUCGGCUUUCGCCAGCACAGCAUAUAUGGCCGCAGUAUACAAGACUCUUAGCUAGCUUGUUGACCUCCAUAUUCGGCACAGUCCCCGGCACAGGAUUCGCCUGGCCACGGGGGACCGCGCUCGCGCAACAGGCCUUGACCGCGAGCGCGCCUCCCCGCGUGCGGCCGCCAUGGUCAGCAUGGGGGGGCAGCCUGACGUGGCAUCCACCGCUUGGGGAGCCAGCGGGUCCGGGGGGGCCCCAGCGCCCACUGAGGCAGGUGGGACAGCUGCUGCGGUGUCUCACCCCCUGGCGUCCAUCGCCGCUGGCGCCGUACCCCCUUCACCCGACUCAAACACGCCACCACAAGUAAUCAAUGGGAAACCUGCGGAACACAAAGAGGCGCUCGGCCAGGCCGCUAAGAACGGGGAGCAGCAGCCCCAGAGCCUGGGCAGCCCGGCAUCGCCAACCGCGGCAGCAGCAGCGCAUGCAGUGCACGAGCACGCGCACGCAGAUGCCAAGCUGCUGGCCGAGAUUCGCGUCGAGAUGGAACGGCAGCGCGGCAAGAUGACGUUGGAGCGGCGGCGGCAGGUUGCGGCACGGCUAAUGGAACACAAGAACCGCGAGGAUACGUUCUUCACGCGCCUGAGCAAGAGGCUGCGCCAGGCGGGCGUGGAGCUGCCGGCGGUCACAGUGGAGUACCGCCAGCUGCGGGUGGAGACGGAGGCGCUGGUUGGGUCGGCUUCCAUACCCACGGUCGUCAGCGUGCCGCUGACGGCAGCCAAGAAGCUGCUACACCUGCACAACGAGCGGGAGGCCAAGCCGCUGGCCAUCCUGAACGACCUCCAGGGCCGGCUGGUGCCUGGCCGCCUCACGCUGCUGCUGGGGCCGCCCUCCUGCGGCAAGUCCAGCUUCAUGCGCGCGCUCACCGGGCGGCUCAUGCCGGCGCAGGGAAGGCAAUCCGGCGAGGUCCGCUACAACGGUGCCGAGCUGGAUCAGUUCAAUGUGCGCCGCACGGCCGCUUACGUCGAUCAGAUCGACAACCACAACCCCAACCUGACGGUGCGCGAGACGCUGGACUUCGCGCACGCCUGCCAGGUGGGGCUGCACGGCGCCGCCAUCGACGUGCCGGCAGAGCUGGCGGCGCAGCGCAUUGCCUCCCGCGCCAACGGCGACUCAGUGUACGGCACCGGCGUGCCGGCGGUUGACGCCGCCGCCACCGUACACGGCAACGGUAACGGUAACGGCCAUAGCCAAUACGGUGGUAGCCAGGCCCGCAGUGUCGCCGCGACGCCGCGCGGCGGCGGCGCGGCGGCGGGCGCGGGCGGCGGCGCCUUCGAUCCGCACGACGCCCACCAGCCUCACCCUCCCCACAUGGGCAGUCUCAAGGCGGCGGUGAUGAAGUCCUUGCGCAGCGCCCGCCACGGCCACGGCCACGGCCACGACAGGGCGCGGCUGGACCAGGCGGAACCGGAGGACGAGUUUGAGGCGCUGCUGCGUCAGGCGUGGGGCACCAACGUGCGCGUGGACAUCGUGAUGAGCCUGCUCGGGCUUGCGCACUGCUCCGAGACGCUGGUGGGAGAUGCGCUGGUGCGGGGCAUCAGCGGCGGCGAGCGCAAGCGCCUGACGACCGCGGAGAUGCUGGUGGGGCCCUCCAACGUCAUCAUGCUGGACGAGAUGUCGACUGGCCUGGACUCGGCGACGCUGUUCACGGUGGUGCGCUGGCUGAGCCAGGCGGCACAGGCGCUGCGGCUGACCGUCAUGAUCUCGCUGCUGCAGCCGCCGCCCGAGGUGUUUGGGCUGUUCGACGAUGUCAUUCUUAUGACCGAGGGCCGCGUUCUGUACCACGGCCCCGUGUCUGACGUGGUGCCGCACUUCCGCUCCCUGGGCCUUGAGUGCCCCGACCGCAAGGACGUGCCCUCCUUCCUGCUGGAGAUCACCACGCCACUGGGGCAGCGCCAGUACGCCGGCCCCGAGCUGCGCCAGCGAUUCAACCUGCCGCCGCCGGGCGUUGACCUGGUGCCGGCCAGCCGCACCGAGUCCCAGGCGCUGCCGGGCGAGGGCGACCUGGCGGCAGCCAACCUGAGCAACGGCAGCGCGCCGCGCAUGUCGGGCGAGGGAUCCGUGGGCCGCCGCAAGUUCCACUCCAAGUCGCUGCUGGUUCCGCUGCCAGAAAUGGAGGCGGCGUUCUGGACCAAGAACGAACACGGCGUGGCCAUGUCUGCCGCGCUGCAAGAGACCUCGUCGCCUGCGACCCCCAAGGCGGCUGACACUGAUGGCGGCGGCGCCAAGGGCGCUGCUGCAGGCAGCACCAGCAGUGCGGGCGGCCAGGCGCCGCUGCCGGCGCCACUGGUGCCGCUCAGCUCGCGCUUCGCGCUGCGACCACUGGAGGCCAUUGCCGUGGCUACGCGGCGGCAGGUGACGCUGGUGAUGCGGGACAAAGUGCUGCUCAAGGGCCGCCUGAUCCAGGUCACGGUGCUCGGGCUGCUGACCGGCAGUCUGUUCUACAACCAGGGCGUGUCCAUGGUGGCUGCUCGCACGUUGUUCGGCUGCUGCUUCAUGUCGGUGCUAUUCAUGAGCUUCGGCGGCUUCCCCCAGAUCCCCAUCACGCUGGAGCAGAAGAAGGUGUGGUUCAAGCACCGCGACUCGGCCUUCUACCCGGCCUACGCGCAGGGCCUGGCGAUGGCUCUGUCGCAGCUGCCGCUCUCGUUCAUCGAGUCGGGCGUCUUCGCUCUGGUCAUCUACUUCAUGACCAACUUCUACAGGGAGCCGAGCUACUUCUUCACCUUCUACCUGGUGCUGGCCUGCACGUCCAUGGCCGUGAGCUCGCUGUUCCGCUUCCUGGCAUGCGUGAGCCCGAACAUGGUGGUCGCCAACGCGCUGUCGGGCCUUGCCAUCGUGACGCUGAUCCUGACAUCCGGCUUCGCCAUCGUGCACUACUCCAUCCCACCGUGGGCAAUCUGGGCGUACUGGAUCAGUCCCCAUGCUUAUGCCUUGCGGUCACUGGUGAUCAACGAGAUGGUGUCGCCCAAGUGGCAGAACUUGCCGGCACCGGGUGGACCGCCCGGCAUGAGCCUGGGUGACGCUGCGCUCGACACCUUUGACUUCUACACUACUCGCGGCUGGAUUUGGAUUGGCGUGGGUUUCCUCAUCGGCUUCUACAGUAUCCUCACAGCGCUGUCCAUCGUCAUUUUGGCGUACCAGGAGCCGGAGGUGCCGCCGGCGCAGUUGGCAGAUCCCGAGGAGGUGGCCCGUGCUCGUGCCCGCGCCGAGGCUCUGCGCGAGCGUUUCACAAAGCUGCCCGCCAAAAGCGGCCGGCACAAGCACAGCAAGGCAAACAAGAGCGAGAUGGUGGUCGUGGUGGACAAGGCGAGCGGGGCGGCGGCCAGCAACCACAAGCAGCCGGACAAGAGCGAGGGUGGCAUGAGUGACACAACAGCCAGUCGCUCCAGCCCUGGCGACGCCAACGGGAACGGCAACGGAAACAGUGGUGGCGGCGAAGGGCUGGUGCUGUCACCAUCCAUGGCCGCGCUACAGGACUACAUCGACAUCUCCUCCUCGCUGCCCUUCACGCCCAUCACCCUGGUCUUCCAGGACCUCAAGUACUGGGUGCCCAACCCCUUCUACUCGCGCCGCGCCGCCCGGGCCGCUGCCAAGGCCGCGUCAGAGGCCAGCCAGGCGGUCAUUGACGCGCUCGCGGCUGGCAAGGACGUGGAGGAGGGCAACGGCGCCACAGCAGUGGCAGCAGCAGGCUCGCCCGCUGGGGGCGGUGCCAAGGCCGUGCCCAGCGCUGCCUCCAAGCCUAGCAGUGGCCGCGCCGCGGGUCAGCCAGGAAGUCUGCCCCUGGAGGCUCGCGAGCGGCUUCAGCUGCUGAGCGGCAUCACCGGCUUCAACGAGCCCGGGGUGCUGCUGGCGCUCAUGGGCGGCUCGGGCGCGGGCAAGACAACGCUGAUGGAUGUGAUUGCGGGCCGCAAGACGGUGGGAGAGAUCGGCGGCACCAUCACUGUGAACGGUCACAAGGCGGAGCCGCGCGCCUGGAGCCGAGUCAUGGGAUACGUGGAGCAGUUCGACAUCCACACGCCCGCACAGACGGUGGUGGAGGCAUUGCAGUUCAGCGCGCGCCUGCGCCUGCCACAGUCCUUCACAGACACGCAGGUGAAGGCCUACGUGGAUGAGGUGUUGGAGAUCGUCGACCUCACACCCAUGCUGUUCAACCUGGUCGGCACCGCGGGCGUGAGCGGCCUGAGCACGGAGGGCCGCAAGCGUCUGACCAUUGCGGUGGAGCUGGUCGCCAACCCCUCCUGCCUCUUCCUGGACGAGCCCACCAGCGGCCUGGACGCGCGUGCCGCGGCCAUCGUGAUGCGCGCCGUGCGCAACGUGGCGCGCAACGGCCGCACGGUCAUGGUGACCAUCCACCAGCCCAGCAUUGAGAUCUUCGAGUCCUUUGACCAGUUGCUGCUCAUCCAGCGCGGCGGCCGCACCACCUACUUCGGGCCGCUGGGGCUGCACAGCGCCGACCUCAUCAACUACUUCAUGGCGGUGCCAGGCACGCCACCGCUGCCGUCGGGCUUCAACCCAGCCACGUGGAUGCUGGAGGUGACGGGCGGCUCCAUGGCCACGGUGCUGGACAAGGUGGAGCUGGACUGGCCCGAGCACUACGCGGCAACAGAGCUGGCGCGCAAGAACGAGGCGCGCGCUCAGGAGCUGGUCGACACCAGGGGCAAGGAGUGCCACCCGCUGGAGGUCGGCAGCCAGUACGCGAUGCCGUUCUGGACGCAGACGCGCGUGCUGCUGCGCAAGUACAACCUGGCCUACUGGCGCACGCCCUCCUACAACUUCGUACGCAUGGGCAUGACCUUCAUAACCAGUUUCAUCUACCUGGCCAUCUACUGGGGCGAGGGCCACAUACCCAACCCUGCGGGUAUCGCCAACGUUCAGAACGUGAUGGGCAUCAUGUUCUCGUCUUCCAACUUCCUCGGCAUGACCAAUCUCAUGUCUGUGAUGCCGGUGGUCGGCUACGAGCGUGUGGUGUUUUAUCGCGAGCGCGGCGCCUCCAUGUACGACGCCUUUGCGUACGGCAUCGCCAUCGCGCUGGUGGAAAUGCCGUACCUGCUGGUGCAGGCCUGCACCUUCGUGCCCAUCAUGUACUUCGCCAUCGGUUUUGAGCUCACCGCCGAAGCCUUCUGGUACUACUUCAUCGUGUUCUUCGAGACGAUUGUGUUCUACACCAUCUUCGGUCAGACACUCGUCUACAUCACGCCUGCGCAAGCCAUCGCGCAGGUGGUGGGUGGCGGCUUUAACUUCCUGUUCAACGUCUUCAACGGAUUUAUUAUCACCUACCCGGAGAUUCCGCGUGGCUGGAAGUGGAUGAACCGUAUUGUACCGCCCACCUGGAUCCUGUACGGUCUGGGCGUGUCGCAACUGGGCAACAAGAACGAGCUGCUGAUCUAUGCGGGCCAGAGUAUGAGUGUGAGCGAGUUCAUGAGCAGCCGCUUCGGCUACAGCUACGAUAUGCGCUGGUGGAUCGUGCUCAUCCUGCUGGCCUACAUCCUGGCGCUCCGUGUGGGAUCCAUCGUCGCGCUCAAGUACUGGAACCACCUCAAGCGCUAGGGCGGCUAGUACGGCACUAUCUAGCUACGUACGUUACAUCCGCCGCACGGUACGCUACUGCACCGGUAUAUUGCAGACCGGCACACCGCGUGCGGUGGCAGCAGGGUGUGAGGCGUGGGUGUGAGGUCAAACAGGCGACAAAAGCACGGGCAUCGGGAGCCCGUGUGUUUGACUACUUGUACGGCAGGGGCCACCUGUGUGCACACCGUCGGGCGGCACAACAGCAGGACGAGAGGAAACGUGGACAAGGAUGGCAAGCGCGGCGCUAGCAUUGUCAGCUUCUAUAUGAUACCGUACAUCUCAAGGGUCAAAAGGCCCAUGGCCUGUGCACGUGUAGGGCAAGAAAGGUGGCUCUCCUUCUCAAAGGGACAAGUGGGCUGUGCCGCCACGCCACGUUGGUGCAAUGCCUGAGGCCGAGCCUUGGGCGCUUUGCUCGCGACAGUCCAACCAUUGCCCAUUGACUCGCGAAGUCGCUUCUCGAUUUCGAUCAAUUUGACCCGCCGCCUCUUUGUGAUCUAAAUAGGCCUUACCAGCGAGUAAGAAAACGACCCAUGUGAAGGAAGGGACAUGGUGGUGUGUGCAUCAGGCCGUGCAGGCGUGUGGGGUUGAUGACGCUGUUGGGUUGAUGUGCGCAGAGCUUUCAUUGACACGUUGGGGAUAGAUGGUUGUGUGGAACCCUGAGUUUUGGCGUUAGCGCAAGCUGCGCAAAUGCGAGAGGAUCGCAGCGUGUGUCCGCCACGCAUGUUGCUCGUAGUAGUUUCUUUAGCAAGCAAUUGUUUCGUCGCUGGACCGGGAGGAAACCGUGCCUGGAAAGCGUGCGGUGCCUGUGCAGCAGAGCCCGGGUGUGCCUGGGACAUGAGAAUGUGGGUUUGGAUUUGGUGCAUGAAGGUUCAGCACUCAGCCCUCUUCCCUUAGCAUGGCAAGCCUCAAGCUUAAACCAUCUCACUUUAGCUUUUGUGCAACAUGGAGUUUUGGGGGGGGGGGUGCAGCGCGGGCUUUGCACAUAAACUGGAAUGACACAGUUGCUGUGCCAUGUACGUGCCUAACAUGAUACGAACCAAGAUCUUGGCCAUGUGUUCUCAAAGGCACCAUGGCUAAAACACUGCCUGGCUUGCCGUUGUAAGGGCAAUGAUGU